ACAAUUCCAGGCCGCCAUAGGACAAAAAUAAAACUAACACCAUUGGGGUGUGCACCAUAUUUACAUUGAAUUCCAAGGUGAAGUUUUCUCACAAAAAGUUAUAUCAAAUCAAAUAAAUUGCUGUAGAAUUUUGAGGAGUGCAGGCGGUGUCGGAUCGUGCAGAAGAUAUUUACGGAGGUCAGGGUGUUGGAGUGUGGGCAGGCUUAGCGAUGGGCAGGUCCAGGCGCGCUCAACGAUGAAAAACAACGGGGAUAUAUACCAACGGCCACGGUAGAGGCAGACAUAGCGGAAUCACCAAGCACUGUAAACAUUAGCGUUGCGUUUUAAUUCCUGCAUUUAGUGUUACUUGGGUUUUAAUUCCUACGACAGAGGGUGUGACGCGCACCCACAAAGGACAAGGCGCGGAAAAUGCACUGAGCUCUCCCCACCCCACAUCCUGUGACACCCCCUUGUAAGCAGUAGAAGAUGAGCACCACGCCCACCCCUAAGGGCACGCCUGUGCAGCAGAGCUCCAGCGAUGGGGGCCCUAGUGAUGGGGUCCUCGAGGCUCUUGUGUCUCCACAGCACUCUACACCUGGCUCCUCUGGGCCCCAACACAAGAAACGCGUCUCCAGCCUUCUGCAGAGCCCGUCGUUCCGUGAGGAGUUAGAUGUUCUGAUCCAGGAACAGAUGAAGAAGGGAGGCAGCAGCUCCAACCUCUGGGCUCUGAGGCAGCUAGCUGAUUACAUGGCCUCUCAUGGCUCACCUGCCGCCCUGUCCGCCUCCCCCUCCAGUACAGGCAUGAUGAUGGUGACGCCCAUCAACGACCUGCAUGGCUUGGAGCCCAGCGGCAUGGUGAAGGGAGAGAGGCUGAUGCGUUGUAAACUGGCCAGUGUCCACCGCCUUCUGGACCUUUACGGCUGGGCCCAGCUCAGCCACACCUGCCUCACCCUGCGUGUCAGUAAGGAACAGGAGCACUUCCUGGUUCUGCCCAAUGGCCUGGCCUAUGGUGAGGUCACUGCCUCUAGUCUGGCGAAGGUGAAUAUUCUUGGGGAGGUGGUGGAGAGGGGCAGCACCACCCUGGGGGUAGACCUGGAUUCCUUCAGCCUCCACUCAGCCAUCUAUUCUACCCGGCCAGACGUACGCUGUCUGGUGCACCUCCACACCCCCGCCACUGCCGCCGUGUCCGCCAUGAAGUGUGGCCUGCUGCCACUGUCCCAUGAGGCUCUGCUGGUGGGUGAGGUGGCGUCCUAUGACUACAAUGGGCUGAUGGAGAACGAGGAGGACCGGGUGGAGCUUCAGAAGAGUCUCGGGCCCACCUGCAAGGUGCUGUUGCUUCGAAACCAUGGCAUCGUGGCCCUGGGGGAGUCAGUGGAGGAGGCUUUCUACACCAUCUACCACAUACAGGCUGCCUGUCAGAUCCAGGUGUCAGCAUUGUGCAGUGCUGGAGGAGAGCAGAACCUGAUCAUGCUGGACCGCUCCACCCACAAACCCAAUGCUGCAGGCACCGUGGGCUGGGCCGGAUCCACCUUCGGCCCCCUGACCAAGAGUCGACUCGGGGAGCACGAGUUUGAGGCUCUCAUGAGGACUCUGGAUAACCUGGGUUACCGUACCGGCUACGCCUACCGCUUCCCCGUGCUGCUGGAGCGCUCUCGGACACGGAGGGAGGUGGAGGUCCCUGCCACAGUCCACUCCUUCCAGUUUGAGGAGGAGGGAGUGCACCCGUUACCCCGCCAGCACCCCUACGCCCAGCGGCAGCAACUGGAGAAGACCCGCUGGCUCAACACCCCCAACUCCUACCUGAGGGUGAACCAAGACCAAGCCAGCCCCGGACACCAGCGCACCACAUGGCUGAAGACAGAGGAGAUGCAACAAGGAGCCAUCAAGAUUGAGAACUCAAAUCAGUUUGUUCCUCUUUUUACCAACCCUCAAGAGGUGCUGGAAACACGAAAUAAGAUCCGGCAGCAGAACCGUCAGGACAUGAAGACAGCAGGACCCCAGUCCCAAGUACUAGCCGGUGUCAUAACGGACGGUAGUCCACUGUCUCCAGACCCGGCAGAACUUGCGACACUUGAGGCGGAGACCCCCAACCCGUUUAACCAGCUGACAGACAAGGAGCUGGAGGAGUACCGCAAGGAGGUGCAGAGGAAAGCAGAAGGUCAAACAGAUGUAGGGGAGGAGGUGGAGAACGAGAAGGAGUCUCUCCCAGCUACCCCCCCCACCAACAACCCUACCCCCUGCAAUCCCCCACCCUCAGAUGAGACAAAGAAAGACUCCACAGCAGUUCAGAACGGGAAAGGAGAGGAGGAGAAGCAGAGCACGGAGGAGCUGGAGAAAGGGAUGAAGGCUUUGUCUACCAAUGACACUUCUACACCCCCCUCCACCACCCCUGCUGCCCCACCCGCUAAACCGCCCAGCAACACCCCUGAGGGAUCCCCCUCCAAGUCCCCCUCCAAGAAGAAAAAGAAGUUCAAGGCCCCCUCAUUCCUAAAGAAGAGCAAGAAGAAAGAGCAGAAAGAGAAAGCUGAAACUUGAGGGGACAUGUAAAAUGAUUCUGACACGCACCCUCCACUUCUAGCCAUAUACACGGAGGCAAACACACUAACACGCACUCAAGUCUCCUGUAUGUAUAGCUCAGUCACUCAUCACGUCUAGAAGUAAUUAGAAUUUUUUUUUUUUUUUUGGG